CUAGCGAUGUCUGUCCUGGACGAGUAGCUGAUAUCUCCUUUUCACUGUUCGUUCGACACACUCCGUCGUCGUUGUCGUCUCGUAUAUUAUCUAACACGGAUCUUGGUAGCUCGGUGUCGAUGCGCAAAAGACGAAGCGUCGAAAGUCGCUGGAACUCAGCUCUCGCGUGGUGGCUGUUGUAGCGUACCAUCCUGUUACUUUCUUUUUUCUUCAUUUGCUAGAUUGCAAAUUUCAUUAAAAAAAAAACAAAAAACUUUUCAUCUCUCUCCCACCAACUCGAACCACUAACAGUUUCUCCUAGAGAAUCGUGAAUUUCGGGGUUGCGCUCCAAAUUGCACCGAACAGUUCAGGUAAAGGGGUAUACCGAUACCUUCUUCCCUUUGGCACCUGGGGGCUAAAACCUACGGCCUCGCAUCACUAGAUGCCGCUGCCGCUGUGCAUCGAGAGUUACCUGCGCCUGACUCGCUGCGUGCCGUGAGUACCUUGCCAAGUUGGAGAGUAACACCAUCUCUCUCGCACCCACCCCGAACCCACUACCUCCCCCUCUCACCAUUUCCACUCCGCGCUUGCGUGCGCGCCUUUUCCACCCCCACUUAUUUUUUUGGCUGGAGAGAAGACAAGGGAGAAAACUACUCGGAGGGCCUCCAGUUCGCACGUGCGUCCGUGUCAUCGUCCUCUUUCUCUUCUUCUUCUUCGUCCUUCUACUUCACGUGACCCGUUACCUUACGUCGGACGUCACUCGCAGUUCGGGUGUGUAGUGAGGCGUUCGACCACAUCAUCGGCUGCUGCAACUGAACUCACUUUUGCUGUCUCCGGCGGCGGUGGUGGUGGUGGUCGUGGUGGGGUUGUUGGUGGUGGCUGUGGCCGAGGAUAGCGGCUGACUAGACUCUUUGCCCCGCGUCGUCUCUCUGUGUCUAGCUGGCUGGCCCGCUGCGGCAUGGCUUUAACACCGACUCCCUCUGGCGGCGGCCGAUUGUCGAUCGGAAAUCUGCAGCCCACUAUGUCUCACUCGGAGAGUCGCACGGAUAUGUCCAGCUUUCGUGCCAUCGUCCUACUGGCCGUGGAUGACAGCGAGCCCUCGGAAUACGCCUUCAACUGGUACAGAGACUACGUGCACAAACCGGACUUCUUCGUGGUUCUCCUGCACUGCACGGAUCACGACGACCAAGAGAUAAGGGAAGCAAGUCCAGCAAGAACCGCCAAAAUUAUCAAAGAUAUGGCGGAGCGCAUGAAGACUAUAGAGGAGAAAUUUGGCCAUCUCAUGACAGUGAACGGGAUAAAGGGGAAAAUCCGGAAAGGCAAGGGCAAGCCUGGGGAGGCCAUCAUCAAGGCAGCCAACGACGAGGGCGCGUGCAUGAUCGUGUGCGGCACGCGCGGUCACGGCAAGAUCAAGCGCGCCUUCCUGGGCAGCGUCAGCGACUACGUGGCUCACCACUCCUCCGUGCCUGUCAUCAUUUGCCGCCGGCACUAGGCGCACCAUCGUCGCCCUCUUUUCCAUCCUUUCUUCAACCUCCCCUCCCCCCACCUCUCUUUCCGUCUGUCUCAUUUGUCUUUCUGUUUGUCGAUCUGUCCGUCAUGUACACAUGCAUCUGUUUCUACCAGACUUCAUAGUAAACUGGUCUCAAUUUUCCAAACUUUUCUAGAACAUUCUCUGUUAUUCCAAAAUAUCCUCGACUAACGUGCGUUGCUGACGUGUUGAGUGGUGUGUGACUUCAAGUGGCUUCACAAUGAUCUUAAUUUGUUGAUCCUAGAGAAUAAAAAAUUUCAGUUUCGUUUCGUAUAAUAUCGGGAUUAUUCAUUAUAUCAGUUUGUGAAAAAAGAGAAUAUGGCGGCUAUUGUCAAUCAAGCUGAUUUUAUUAUUUUUGUAAUCAAUGUACCCGAGCAAAUUUGAUGUAUAGGCAGAUUCCCAGCUGCUUGUCAUAUUGUUUUACUUACAACAUGGUUACAAUGAAGUACCUAAUCCAAGAUUUCUAUAAUAUUUUGGACAAAAACAAUCAGCUUUUUUAAAAAAAUUUCAAUAUAAUAAAAGUUAAUAGUCCACGUUCCCAUUGGUCUUCAUUGUCCCAGGGUCUUCAUUGUCUUCGAGUAGUCUUAUCUCCACUGUUUAUUUUCUUUUCCUGAUAAGAAAUCUGACAUAAUGUAUUUAACUUGCGACAAUGAAAGCAAUAUGACCAUUUUAUUGUGCUCUUUUUAUUUCUUAGUCAUGCAAUCAUUGGCUUUCUUUCUUCAUUUAAAAAUACUGUAAGGACUUGUAUUUAAAUGUUGUUUAUUUUGUGUAAAGUUUGGUGUGUAUAUUCAUUCCGAGACUUCCCCCUUUUUUAGAAAGAAAUAAAUCUUACCUGGAAUGGAAACUGGAUGAACAUUAACCUUGUGCUAAAACAUCAGUUCUGUGAAAGGUGCGCAAACAAGUUGUCAGCCUUUGGCAUGAAGACAAGAGUACAUGCUUCUUGUACGAGAGUAAAAAAAUAUGUAGGUUGGUGCGAAGAAGUAGUCUUUGUGACCGACAUAGAAAUGUGGUGUCGAGGCUUGUUGCCAACUGUCUGUACGUUGCCAUCAGCAUUGUUGCCCGAGCCAGUGACUAAUCGUGUGACGUCACGGUUAGCACCUGUCAUCAAUACAGCAAGGGCUGAACGUCCUGGAUUCAGAUCUCGUCUCGGGCACGCUGGUUUUUUUCUUCUUUGCAUGUUUACAAGGCUGGCUGCUUUACUGUCGUAUAGUCUUAGUUGCUGGCUCAGAGUAUUCCCCCCUCCUCCAAUAAAUUUUCUACUCCAGAGUACUCCAGCAAAAGGAUCCUAUAGGGUUAGCACGAGAAAAGGUAGGAAUGAAACUCUACGGUUCCUCGGUAUGUUUAGAAGCAAAGCAGUGGAACAGGCUCUAAAAGAUACUCUGGAAUCUGAAUAAUAUCUAAGAGGGUUUUACAACCCCGUCUUAGUUUUGCUGUUUUAAUGAUCUCUUGUUAAGAAAGCAAACAAUUAGAAUCUUUUGCAUUCAUUUAUCUAUGAAGUAAGGUCUGCUUUUCAAACAGUUUCAUAGUAUCGGGGCCUUCCCGAUGUUGCCCCUCGUAAACACCUGUUAGUAGUGAAAAGGGAUUUGACUACCUCCACUUUCUUCUACUGCUUCAUCAUGCAUGAGAAAUGCUAAACAGUCCACCACACUCUUAUUCACUCGCAUGUCCCGACUUCAUCUGAUGAUGAUAUUCACGGAACAUACCCGUGAGUUAGCUUUUUUUCUGAAGAAAACGUGUGUAAACAUGUCGAAAGAUCCAGCGAGUGCUUCUUAUUUCUGGGGUCUAAAGGUUUAGUUUUCCUUCUACCAAGAAAUAUUUUAUGACAGAGGAAGUCUCCACGGAAAAUAUUCUAGCUUUCUCACUCGACCUUAGUUGUACUUCCACCCGACUUCAUGUCAUGACAAACUCUACUAAUUGUCUGGCGAUGUCAUGUCAGCAAUGAUAGAGGGGAUAUUUCAAGAGACUCGGUCACAUCUAAGGUAAACAUUGUGUUUUUGUUGAUUAGUGAAGCUUGAAUUCACUCUCACCGGGAGAGACCUACCCGUCAGGACGGUGCCUUCUAGCACGUAGCCAUAGUCCUGCAAUGCUUGUUCACCUGCCCAGUGAAAAUUGCACUUUGUCCUCAAGUUGAAAACAUCAUGAAAAUUUGAUAAAGCUCGAAAUGAUGGAGAAGGGGAUGUAAAAGUGGCACGUAAAGGACAGAUUUGUGGGGCACAUGCUUAGAUUGGUGUACACACACACAUCCUCGCAAGCAUGCGCAUUUCUCUCUCUCGCUCGCGCUCACACACGCACACACAGGUGUGUACACAGACACUUAUCAUAUUUCCACCUCUUGCCAAACCACGUUUCCUCACUUUUUAGAGUUAGUAACAAAGGAAUCUCUCGACUCCAACCCGGGUAUGAAAGUGUCAUAAGCCACCCGGCCAACAAGCCAUCCAAUGCACCCUGGCGCGUUGCCAUGGUUAUUACAUUGCUGGAUUGUUGGUCUCGAGAGACGAAACCUCAAAGCUCUGUAACCACUCUGUUCUCACAUCAUACACUCCAUAUUCAAACAGAAUAAUUUACCUAACAAAAUUUUAUUAUUUAUAAAUCAAUUUCAUGUAUUAAAAAUAAGAUCAACAUCUGUCGUUGCGAGAUUUCCUUUUCGUGUAAUGGAAAGAGUGAAAAAAAAAAAGAAAGUCGUUUUCUGAAUUUUUUUGUGCUCGAUGUAAAUAAAUUUCCGUGAUGACCCGUCAUCCCUCCACCGGCCGCCUGUUGCUGUUUUGCCAAAUUGAUAUCAGACAAGAUUUCCGUUGGUUCACAUCUAUCCUCCAUGGUUUGUGACUGGCUAAAACUAGAAUUAAAUAAUGACAAAGCAUUGAAUUUUUCAAAAUACUUUUUUCACCGUUACACUCGAUUCUAACCUUUGAAUUAAUUUUUAAAAAACUUGUCUGUGGAGCCUUUUUCAUUCCGCCUUGCAAAACUGUUUCCUGCAUGUAUUUUGUACAGGAAAUACUGAUAUAUACAUGUAAUUAUUUCAUAUUUUUGAUCGAAAUUUAUGAUUGAACAAAACUUUUGGACUUGAAGUAGGAUUGUUAGUGUGUUGGUUGUGCAGGUGUAUUUGUGGAAAGCUAGUCCUACUCUGUGGAGAUGCCCUCUAGACAAAGCCACCUUCCCUGUUUAGUCAAUGACCUGUUGUUGUGUAUACGUAUGUACAUAUGUACCGAACACUUGCUUACUAAAUAAAUUUACAUGCUUACAGAACACAUGUGGAUAAGUCAGUGUACAGAUGACAUUAAACUCAAGAUGACUUGUUUAUGCCGUGGGUUGUUUGCUGUUUAUUUGAUGCUUAAUUAGAAGAAGGGCUUCUUUGGUUGUCAACUACUAUUUGGUUUUUCGUUUUAUUUUUCACAGAAUUUUGCGGCUUCUGCAAUGUGUGUCUGUUCUAUCAUGAUACUUUAUAUAAGAAAAGAGAAUUAAGGAGGAUAAUUAUUGUUCCUUCGUGCGUUCUCUUAUAGACUGUUUGAAUGAAUGUUCUUGUGAACAAAUGGCGUUCAGGUUAUGUUGCAAAUAAAUUCUUCAUCAAAACCUG